CAAUAUGGCGGCUGAAAUUUGUGUCUUUUGACUAAUUUUCGCCGAUCGUGAUUGAAUGAUAUUGGAGAAUCAUGCAUUUUCAUUUCCCAAGAAUUAGAGUCGCUAGGAAUAAUUUUACAAGGUUACUUUGCUCUGCGCCAAGAAUCGGAGACAAUUUCUUUGACGAAACUGAGGUACGAGAGAAAUUUAGAGUGCUAGGGACCGGUGAUGUGACUCUAUCCAAGCUAACAGGGAAUAACAAAGGAGUUGCAGUGAUAUCUCUUACCAAUCCUAAAAGAAAAAAUGCACUUACAGGGUACAUGAUGGUUAAACUUGCAGAAGUAGUUGACGAGCUUGAGCAAUGGCAGCAUGGAAAAGCUGUUGUUUUGCAUGGCAGCGAAGGGUCUUUUUGUUCAGGGGCUGAUUUGAGUGUAAUAAAGACGAUCAAUACCCCAGAAGAAGGACAAUUAAUGUGUGCUUUUAUGCAAAGAACUCUGAGUCGCCUGGGAAGGCUUCCUCUUGUCAGCGUGGCAGCUAUUGGAGGAAGAGCGUUUGGUGGAGGAGCUGAGUUAUCAUUAGCAUGUGACUUCAGACUCAUGUCACAGGAUGCAGAGAUCAGGUUUGUUCAGGUCAAGAUGGGUUUGUCACCAGGGUGGGGUGGUGGUGCAAGGCUUGUCAGGUUACUAGGGAAACAGAAAGCACUGCAGCUACUGGGAAGAGGAGAAAAGGUUACCCUACCACAUGCACUUCAACUGGGACUGGUUGAUGGUGAGCUACCAAAUACAAAGGAUGUGGUUACUGGAAGUUGCAACUGGUUGUCAGAGUUCCUAGCAGCAGACACUUCAGUUCUGAGAGCUAUUAAGAAUGUUGUAUCAAUAGGAGACAACUCAAGGCUUAAAGAUGAACUGGACAUUGAGAGAUCAAUUUUUUCAACAUUAUUUGGAGCAGAAGCUAAUAGGAAAGCUUUGGAAAAUUCAAGAAAACACAAAUAGCAUAAUGUUUUGUAAAUGAAGUAAUUUAAAUCCAAUUAAAUUGUUAUCAAAAGUAGUUUUAUUUCAAAGGUGUGUUCAUCCCUUCACUUUGAAGAGUGAGAGAGAGAUAAAGAGUGUAUGUAACUCAAGCAUAUACAUCAGAAGCUUUUGUUCUGAUUAAUGUCCAAACAUGUCAGACUUCCUGCAAAACCUCCAUGCGUAUCGCUAAAAAUGUACACAUCAGUAAGUUCUAUAAAAUGAAAAAUACACAUACCAUAAUGUUACUAUAAUUAUAAUAUACCAGUACGUAAAAUUAAAUUGAACUAUAAGGUGAGGAACUGAUUUAGACAAAUGUUUGUAUUUUGAAGCCUUUUAUUUGUCCUCUUACAAACUUAGGUCAAAAUAACUUCUUCCAAUUUGCAAAAAGAAUGUAUUUAUUUUACAGGAUUAAAAUAACCAUAGCUGUAACACCUUUGAUGCUUCCAUUGUAGUUUACCAAUAUGUUCAUGUAUCUCACAUGAGUCUAACUGGAUGAUUCCCAGUUGUAAUUGAAAAUAAAAAAUCUGAGGAUGUCUAGUUAGACUGAUGAAGCAACAAUAAGUGCAAGAAGUAAAGCAUUUUGAUGCUGAUGUUUGCUUCCACCCAUCACAACAUCAUGACCAGAGGAAUUGAAUCUCUUCAGUCCUACAUGUGAUGAUACAGCUCCUGAUAUCACUUUGAGAAAACUUGACAGCACUUGGAAACAUUUUUCAGGAAUCUGUCUUUUUGCAAUUCUUUUUUGAUACCAAUUUAACUCUCAGUGCCUUUUUCAGUAUCUUCAGCUUCCUCAUCUUUUUCUGCCUCGUCCAAAGCAUCUAAGGUUAGAGCUCCCACAGCAAGAGCCUCACGGUUCCUUGCUGCUGUAACCAGGCUGCGAGGAUGUGCUGGAAGAAUUCCAGCCUUAUGAAGAGAAAUUAGUUUGUUUCUGAUAAGUUAAAAUACUCUGUUGACAUUUAAUUGUACUAUUGAGUUAAUGUCAGUGAUAGUUUGGGUGAUAAGUCCACACCUUUUCAAAGACUUCUAGUUCAGAACAAAAUGGUGCACGACAUGCUAAGAAGUAUUAUUAUACAGAUAUAGAUGAA